AUCACUCCCUCCCAAGGUGCUUGAGAUGGCGUCCCCCAAACAAAAGGGUAGCCCUAGGAGAAAGCCCAUCCCUGAGCUUGAUGUGGUUGUCAGCAGUCUGAGGAAGGAGAACUCCUACCUGAAGAUGACCCUGGCUGAGCUGUCUCGUCAACAUUCAGAACAUAACAAGCUGCUAGAGCGCUUCCUCUCUCUUGAAACCUUUCGACUGGAGAGUUCUCAUCAGCUCACAGACAAACAGGAGAAUAUUGCUUUGCCGUCGAAGCAGUUGAGACAGAAAGAAGGGAAUCUGAUGGACGUAGACUCUGCCUCAAGUGAAUGGGACUCAACAAUAACCACAGCAGAGCUCCCAAAGCAACUCAGUGAUGCCUUGGAGAAGAACAAGCAGUGGCUGGCAUAUGACCAGCAGAGAGAGGCCUAUGUUAGGGAAAUCAUGGCCAGAAUGUUAUGGCUGGAGAAGCAGCUGAAUGAAGCCAAUCAGAGUCGCUCACAGCGGCACAAUGAGGAGCAUUCAGAGGAGAAUGAAGAAAUACUAACCCAGAUGCAGCAGCACUAUGAAAGACUCCUACAGAAAGCCACAGAGGAGCUGGAUGUGCUCAGGGAGCAGGUCAACAUGAUCCACCAGACCCUGAUAAUAACCCGAAACCAUUGCCAAGAAAGGGAACAUGAGGUGGAAGAGCUCAAGCAGCAGCUGCAAAAUGAAAUUACGAGCAGAAAAAGUCCACAGGAACCUCUUGAAUGCUCUGAGGAUGAGGACCAAUGGAUCACCGCUGAGACUCAAGACCUUCAAUGCAGACUGAAUGAGGAGAAGCGCAAGUCGGCACGCAUCGUUCUGCAGUCUACUGUCAUGCAGAAGGCUUUUUUGAAUAGUCACCAUGCAGACCAGGAAACGAUUGAAGACUUGGAGCGACAGAUAAAGAUUUCUUCACAAGACCUUGAUGAUGAGAAGCAGAACUGUGCGUAUUUAAAGAAACAAACGGGCGGGGUUCUGAAGAGGCUGCAAACAAAUAAAGAACAGAGAGACCAGCCGGAUCAAACCUCAUGUGAAGCGGUACACCCCCCCUCCACGUGCUCCUCUUACGGCAGCUUGCUGAAUGAAAGCUUCCUGGCGUGUCCCGGCUGUCGGGCCGAGUAUCCCAGCAGUCAGUACCGAGAACUGAUGGUCCACCUAGAGUCCUGUCUGGACUGAGCUCAGCCGAGAACUUCAAUUCUGUCUUCUUCAGUUUCUGUACUGUGUAACCAGAGGUACAGGUUAUUUUAAUAAACUACUGUGUUGAAUUGC